AACCUAAUCCAUUAACCCAGUCUAUAUAAAUGCCAAUAAACCCUAACCAUUUUAGGGUUUCAUAUCCAGUAGAGGAAGAGAGAGCAGCCGCCGUUGCUGAAGCUCAGAGGAAGAAAGCGAAAUGGCGAGAAUCAAGGUCCACGAGCUUAGACAGAAAUCCAAGACGGAGCUUUUGAAUCAAUUGAAGGAUCUCAAAGCUGAGCUCGCUCUCCUACGCGUCGCUAAGGUCACCGGCGGUGCUCCUAACAAGCUUUCCAAGAUCAAGGUGGUGAGGUUGUCAAUUGCACAGGUCUUGACUGUGAUUUCACAGAAGCAGAAGGCUGCAUUGAGGGACGCAUACAAGAACAAGAAGUUCUUGCCACUUGAUCUGCGUCCGAAGAAGACAAGAGCCAUCCGCAGGAGGCUUACCAAACACCAGCAAUCGUUGAAGACAGAACGUGAGAAGAAGAGAGAAAUGUACUUCCCCAUGAGAAAGUAUGCUAUCAAGGUGUAGGGCAAUUUUUGCUAAAUAGAUUGGUUUUGGUAUCUUGCAAUUAUAAACCCAUUUGGUUGUCAAGUUUUGUCUUGGAUUAUCUUUUUGAUGUGCUUGUGAACUAGAGUUGGCUUUGUUGAAUCUUAUGUCUGUAAUCUUGGAAGGGUGUAUCUCACUCUAACCGGGUGCUAGAUUUACUUGGAAUUAUAGCUGCAGAAACUUCUUUUCAUUUUUCUUCAAGCUUAGCAUUAUCUUUCGUUUUCCUUUUAACAAGAGCUUUUAUGUUUCCUUCGA